ACUUGAAAUGAAAAUAUAUUUUGAAUCUAUUGAGUUCUCUGCACUCUUAAAAGCAUUAAGAACAAUGGCUUUGUUAAAGGACUUGGCACUUCCUCUGGACUGAAAGACUGAAUGACCCUGGACUGUUGUUGUAUUGUUAUGAUUUGACAAUAAUGACAAUUGUUAUUGGUUUUUCAAGCAUUCAAUUAAAAAAAACAAAUAAAAAAAAACAUUUGCUGAACAUGCUUUCAUUUAUUUCGGCAUUGUGGUCAUGUAAGGAGACACUGGAUUUGACUGUUUUUAUAAGUCAUAAUACUGACUCCAUCUUUUCUCUGUGUCUAGAAAAUGUUUUAUUUAGUUUUAUUUGUCACCAAAAAUAAAACAUAAGAAUAUUAAAUUAUUACUUUUAUUUUAUUUUCGCCAAACAUUAUAUAAACAAAUGGAAAUAUAGUAAAUCCAAACCCUUGUUUUUGAUUAUUGAACUAGAGCUUAAAAUAUAUCAAAAGCUAAUCUAUUCAACAAAUAUCCUAUAGAAAUAAUUGACUUUGUUUUUAAAGCAUCCUUUUAAAAACUGCAUUUAAGAGAAAACAUUUGAACAAAAAAUCUGUUUUGCGCCUCAAUCUAAAGGGCUGAAUAUGUUCCUUGACAUCAGGUGGCGCUGUGCGAUUGUGCAGUUGAUUUGCAACGGGCCUAUAAACACACUGAAGAAGAAAUCAGCUGAUCUGUAGGGCUGUAAACAGGAAACAUGCUUAAAUUAAGAUAAAAAUACAUAACUAACUUGAAACAACAUAGUUAAGUUUUGUUAGGAAUAUUUUCUAUUUUUCAUUUUUAUAAUUUGUGACGCUAAUUUGACUAGCUGUAGCUAUUUCAUACAUUAAAUUAGGAAGUUCCUUUUUGCUUUCCGCUACAUUUCUAUGUAGUGUUCACAUAACCUGGUACAUUACUGAGAGAGAGAUAUAUAUACAGUACUACUAAACGCACGUUAAGGUGUUCUGAACUUUAGCAGGCAUCUUUGUUAUCAUGGCUUCUUCGUUUAAAAUCGGAGAGAGACUUCGGGAGAAGGCGAGAGAUUUGCUGGAGGAAGAACCCGCCGCCGCCGUGUCAGAAGAGCUGAAGGAAGAAUUGAAGGCUCUGACAGAUCAGUCCAUCAUACCAUUCAAGACUGUGAGAACACUACACAGGCUUCUUCGAGAAAAUGGACAUCCAGUGUAUCUUCAUGAACUGUUUGAGGACAGCACACUUCAUCUUCCAGAAGUUAUCGCACCUCCAAGGAACCCCCAGUUGGUGGCCCGCUUAGAAAAAAUUAAAGCAAAACUUGCCAAUGAAGAAUAUAAGAGAAUAACACGGAAUGUAAAUCCACAGGAAAUGAAUCAUCAUGGAACUUUAGCAGAUUUUGGACGACAAGUGCGUUCCGUGAAGGCAGUUGUUGUUACUGUAUUCAACUUCCUGGUAACUGUAGUUGCAGCAUUUGCCUGUUCAUAUCUGGGCAGCCAGUAUAUCUUCACCGAGACAACAGCGAGAGUAAUAGCUGCAGUGAUAGCAGCAUCUGUUGUUGGUCUUGCUGAGCUUUAUGUUCUGGUCCGGACUAUGGAGGGAGAACUUGGAGAGCCCUGAUACCAACUAAAAUCAUCCAAUAUUGCAAUAUUUCCUUUUUUUUUUUUGUGUCAUCAUUAAUGUUUUUCACUGUACUGCUUUCUGUUUGCUUAGUUUUUCUCCAAAUCAAAAUGAUUUGUUUUGAUCUAAUAUUCAGUCAAAAGGCUUUUACAAAGGAAUCAUUUACACUAAAAUGCCCAAAAUUAGAAUUAAUCAGACAGUUGUGAAUUAAUCGAAAGAUUAAUUAAUCAAUUAAGUGGUUUUGAAAACCACUUCUUUGAUCUCAAGACACUAGGCGGUACAUUAUGAUCAUGUUGUAUUGUUUAUCUUUGUUCGUAUUUAUUUGGAUGUCCUCUACAGGAGUGUUAUUCCUUGUUUCACUUAUAACUAUGAAACAUGAUUGUAAAUGGUUUGUGCUUUGAUGUUUAUUGUGAUUGUUACUGACUCACAAGAUGUCAAGAAGGAAAAGUGUUUUUUUCCCUUUUUUUUUU